ACACGUUUUACAACGUCGGCUUUAGCUGAUGUAUAGACACCUUUGAGUUAACUAUGAGACUAGUAUUUGACCCCAUCUGGGAUGCCACCUGCUCCUCAGGGUGCUGCUGCUGUUGUCAAAGCCCAGACAGCUGAGUAUCACGUGACAUGACGUGUAAGCAGCAUGGCGGCGCUGAGCUGAGGUAGCGACUUGACUGGAGUGACACAAGCCUGGCUUUCGUUAGCUUUCCGUCACCUGCUUACUCGCAGGGCCAGGCCGAAAUGACGGCCUGAGAGAGAAGCGGUAACGAGACCGAGAGAUGCAGCAACAACAACAACACCGGCCACAACAGCAGCUUCAGCUUCAGCAGCAGCAGCAUUCGAAGGCAGAAAACAGUAAAACCAAGAGCAUGUUUCUGUCUCGGGCGCUGGAGAAAAUCCUCUCGGAUAAGGAGGUGAAGAGGAGCCAGAACAGCCAGCUGCGCAAAGCCUGUCAAGUGGCGCUUGAUGAAAUCAAGGCAGAGCUUGAAAAACAAAAGGAUGGUUCAGUGGUCCCACCCAGAGCCAACUACAUCGAGGCCGACAAAUAUGUGCUGCCCUUCGAGUUGGCCUGUCAGUCAAAGUCCCCCCGGAUAGUUAGCACCUCUUUGGACUGUCUGCAGAAGCUGAUCGCGUACGGCCACAUCACAGGCAACGCCCCGGACAGCAGAACCCCUGGCAAGAGGCUCAUCGACCGGCUGAUGGAAACCGUCUGCAACUGCUUCCAGGGCCCGCAGACCGACGAGGGAGUCCAGCUACAGAUCAUUAAGGCCCUGCUGACGGCGGUGACCUCCCCGCACAUAGAGAUCCACGAGGGCACGGUGCUCCUUACCGUCAGAACCUGCUACAAUAUCUACCUGGCCAGCCGCAACCUCAUCAACCAGACCACCGCUAAGGCCACCCUCACACAGAUGCUCAACGUUAUCUUCACACGCAUGGAAAACCAGGCCGCUCUGGAGGCUCAGGAGCAGGAGAAGGACCGGCUUCGUCUGCCCCAGCAGAACCCGUCCCCAGUCCCUGGUAAUCGGAGGUCCAGCUCCCCCCGGUCUGACCGGACACCUACUCCGGAGCUCCAGCACUCCCUAUCCCCGGCAGCCAGUUCUCCAGACCUCGCUGCCACCAACCCCACCAGCUCCACGCCCCCACCGCCAGCCCCCGACCUGGACCAGGACCAAGCGUCAGACACACCAUCAAUCAAUGGAGAACCUGAGGGCGGCAACGCUCCGAUUAAUGGAGGAGCAGAACAGAUCGCACCAUCCGGAAAUUCAGUUUUUGCAGAUCAAGCUGGAGAGACACCUCCUACAGCAGCUGAGCCAGCUGAGGAAGGGGACAAACCGGAGAGCAGUCCAAAUCCAGCAGAGUCAGCAGCGCCGGAAGGAGAGGAGGGAGAGCAACAGCCAACACAGAUACACAGCGGAGAUGAGCACCCAGCCCACCCUGUCGAUGAGCAGACAGAAGUGGCUCCCCCCGGAGUCAGAACAGAGGGUCAGCAUAUGAACGGCAUCAUUGAGGACCGCUCUUCUGUUUCCUCCACAGAUAUGCUGGAUGCUGAGGCCCUGCAGGGACCCCACGGCGCCGCUCGAUUCUCCCACAUCCUGCAGAAAGACGCCUUUCUAGUGUUCCGCUCUCUGUGCAAACUCUCCAUGAAGCCUCUGGCUGAAGGACCUCCAGACCCAAAGUCCCAUGAGUUGCGGUCCAAGAUUGUCUCCCUGCAGCUGCUGCUGUCUGUGCUGCAGGGCGCCGGGCCGGUGUUCCGCACACACGAGAUGUUUGUCAACGCCAUCAAACAGUAUCUGUGCGUGGCGCUGUCCAAAAAUGGCGUCUCCUCUGUGCCUGAGGUCUUUGAACUCUCUCUGGCUAUCUUCCUCACCUUGCUCUCCCACUUCAAGGUCCACCUGAAGAUGCAGAUUGAGGUGUUUUUCCGGGAGAUCUUUCUGACCAUCCUGGAGACAUCGACCAGCUCCUUUGAGCACAAGUGGAUGGUUAUCCAGACACUAACACGCAUCUGUGCAGACGCCCAGUGUGUGGUUGACAUCUACGUGAACUAUGACUGUGACUUGAAUGCAGCCAACAUCUUUGAGCGCCUUGUGAACGACCUGUCUAAGAUCGCUCAGGGCAGGAGUGGUCAGGAGCUUGGGAUGACUCCUCUGCAGGAGCUGAGCCUACGUAAAAAGGGUUUGGAGUGCCUGGUGUCCAUCCUCAAAUGUAUGGUGGAGUGGAGCAAAGACAUGUAUGUCAAUCCAAACCUUCAAGCUAACCUUGGGCAGGAGCAUCCAUCCGAUAGUGAGGGAGGAGAGCUGAAGCUCCCAGAUCCACUGGCAGGACGUCGAGACAGCAUCAGUUCGCUAGACUCCACCGUCUCCUCCAUCGCCGCGGUUUCCCAGGCAGACCACCCGGAGCAGUACGAGGUUAUCAAACAGCAGAAGGACAUCAUCGAGCACGGCAUCGAACUUUUCAACAAGAAGCCGAAGCGAGGUAUCCAGUACCUGCAGGACCAGGGCAUGCUGGGUUCCACAGCCGAGGACAUCGCCCAGUUCCUACACCAGGAGGACCGACUGGACACUACCCAGGUGGGAGAGUUCGUGGGCGAGAACAUCAAGUUCAACAAAGAAGUGAUGUACUGUUAUGUGGACCAGUUGGACUUUUGCGGGCGGGACUUUGUCUCGGCACUCCGAGCGUUCCUGGAAGGCUUCAGGCUGCCUGGUGAGGCCCAGAAGAUUGACAGGCUGAUGGAGAAGUUUGCUGCUCGAUACUUGGAGUGCAACCAGGGCCAGACUCUGUUUGCCAGUGCAGAUACUGCCUACGUGCUGGCAUACUCCAUCAUUAUGCUCACCACAGACCUGCACAGUCCUCAGGUGAAGAACAAGAUGACAAAGGAGCAGUACAUCAAGAUGAAUCGCGGUAUUAACGACAGUAAGGACCUCCCUGAAGAGUAUCUAUCUUCCAUUUACGAUGAGAUCGCAGGCAAGAAGAUUGCCAUGAAGGAGAGCAAAGAGUACUCAAUCACCCCAAAGUCCACCAAGCAGAGCCUUUUUUUUUCCCCCCGGGGCCCCCCCAAAAACAACGCGCGUCUGCUGUACAACAUGGAGAUGGAGCAGAUGGCGAAGACCGCUAAAGCUCUGAUGGAGGCUGUCAGCCACGCUCAGGCUCCCUUCUUCAGCGCUACACACCUGGAGCAUGUCAGGCCCAUGUUCAAGCUGGCGUGGACCCCCUUGCUGGCAGCGUUCAGCGUGGGACUGCAGGACUGUGACGACCCAGAGGUGGCUUCACUGUGUCUGGAGGGCAUUCGAUGUGCCAUCAGGAUCGCCUGCAUCUUCAGCAUGCAGUUGGAGCGAGACGCAUACGUCCAAGCCUUGGCCAGAUUCACCCUGCUGACGGCCAGUUCCAGCAUCACAGAGAUGAAGCAGAAGAACAUUGACACCAUCAAGACCCUGAUCACUGUAGCCCACACGGACGGAAACUACCUGGGCAACUCCUGGCAUGAGAUCUUGAGGUGCAUCAGUCAGCUGGAGCUCGCCCAGUUGAUCGGCACAGGGGUAAAGACGCGCUACAUCUCAGGGGUGGUCCGGGACAAGGAGGCUGGCAUCAAGGGCUUACCCUCUGGCACAGAGGAGUUCAUGCCCCUGGGUCUGGGUAACCUGGUGGGAAGUCAGGACAAGAGACAGAUGGCUCACAUCCAGGAGUCAGUAGGAGAGACCAGCUCUCAGAGUGUGGUGGUAGCUGUGGACAGGAUCUUCACUGGUUCAACCAGACUAGAUGGAAAUGCAAUUGUGGACUUUGUGCGGUGGCUGUGCGCGGUGUCCAUGGAUGAGCUGGCCUCAGCACACCAGGCGAGGAUGUUCAGCUUGCAAAAGAUUGUGGAAAUCUCCUACUAUAACAUGAACCGCAUCAGGCUGCAGUGGUCUCGAAUUUGGCAGGUCAUAGGAGACCACUUCAACAAGGUGGGCUGUAACCCCAAUGAGGAUGUAGCCAUCUUUGCUGUGGACUCACUGAGGCAGCUCUCCAUGAAGUUCUUGGAGAAAGGAGAGCUGGCCAACUUCCGCUUCCAGAAAGACUUCCUUAGACCUUUUGAGCACAUCAUGAAGAAGAACAGGUCCCCCACAAUAAGAGACAUGGUGAUCAGGUGUGUGGCUCAGAUGGUGAACUCCCAGGCGGCCAACAUCCGUUCAGGUUGGAAGAACAUCUUCUCAGUGUUUCACCAGGCAGCCUCUGACCACGAUGAGACCAUAGUGGAGCUCGCCUUCCAGACCACUGGGCACAUUGUCAUGAGCACCUUCCAGCAGCACUUUGCAGCUGCUAUUGAUUCGUUCCAAGAUGCAGUGAAGUGCCUGUCUGAGUUUGUGUGCAACGCAGCUUUUCCUGACACUAGCAUGGAGGCUAUCCGACUCAUACGCCACUGUGCUAAAUACGUCUCAGAAAGGCCACAGGCCCUGAGGGAAUACACCAGCGAUGACAUGAAUGUUGCCCCCGGUGAUCGGGUGUGGGUUCGCGGCUGGUUUCCCAUUCUGUUUGAGCUCUCCUGUAUCAUCAACCGCUGCAAGCUAGAUGUCCGGACCAGAGGUCUCACGGUCAUGUUUGAGAUCAUGAAGAGCUACGGUCAAACCUUCGAGAAGCAUUGGUGGCACGACCUCUUCAGGAUCGUCUUCCGCAUCUUUGACAACAUGAAGCUCCCCGAGCAGCAGACAGAGAAACACGAGUGGAUGACGACAACAUGUAACCAUGCUCUGUAUGCCAUCUGUGACGUGUUCACCCAGUUUUAUCAGCCUCUCAGCGAAAUCCUGCUGGUUGACAUUUUCACACAGCUACAGUGGUGUGUCAGGCAAGACAACGAGCAGCUGGCUCGGUCGGGGACUAACUGUCUGGAGAACCUGGUGAUUCUGAAUGGGGAGAAGUUCAGCCCCGAGGUCUGGAACAUCACCUGCUCCUGUAUGCUGGAAAUCUUCCAAAACACCAGCCCUCACGCUUUGUUGACUUGGCGACCAGCUGGACAGGAAGAGGAAACCACAGAUGGAAAACAUUUUGACGCAGAUUUUGACAACCUGUCCCAGAGCAGCUACGACAGAGCUAUGUCUGAGAGAGGACACAGCCAGAUGUCCAGCGACGACACCUGGAAGGGCAAGUCCAAUGCUAGAGUUUCAGACCAGAAGCUGUUUGCAGGGCUGCUGAUUAAAUGCGUGGUACAGCUUGAACUAAUCCAGACCAUAGACAACAUUGUCUUUUACCCAUCCACCAGCAAGAAGGAGGAUGCUGAGAACAUGGCUGCUGCACAGCGAGAUGCUCUGGAAGAGUCGGGGGCUGAGGCAGGCGAGGCGGGUUCAGAUCAAGGUAUGUACAGACACAUGACCUCUGCACACCUCUUCAAGCUGCUGGACUGUCUGCUGGAGUCGCACACCUUCGCCAAGGACUUCAACUCCAACAAUGAACAGAGGACAGCACUCUGGAGGGCAGGCUUUAAAGGGAAGUCCAAGCCCAACUUGUUGAAGCAGGAGACCAGCAGUCUUGCCUGCAGCCUGAGAAUCUUGUUCAGGAUGUACUCUGACCUUCAGCUGCAGGACUCAUGGCCUGACAUCCAGACGCGCCUGCUGCUGGUGUGUAGUGAAGCUCUGGCCUACUUCAUCAGUCUGACCUCAGAGAGCCACAGAGAGGCCUGGAACAGCCUGCUGAUGCUGCUGCUCACCAGGACGCUACGGCUGCCCGAUGACAAGUUCAAGCCCCAUUCUUCCUGCUACUACCCCCACCUGUGUGAAAUGAUGCAGUUUGACCUGAUCCCCGAACUGCGGGCCAUCCUCAGGCGCUUCUUCCUGCGCAUCGGCUCCGUCUUCCACAUCGCUGCCCCCGAGGGGAUGCCUGUCCGAACUGCCACGUCCUAGAACGAGUGGGUGCACGAGUUCGGGUGAAGAAAUGGAGAUGAUGGGCGGACGUUGUUGAGUUGAUCACAGGUGGACAAAUAAGAGACUCUCCCCCCACCCCCCACCCCCCACCUCUUUUGGACUGAGAGAGACUACAGAGGAACUGCAAUGUCAGGAGGAAGACAACAAGGAGACUGUAGCUUUUCCGUCUCAGUUCAAGAGUCUGUAUUAAAGUGUUGAGCUUUUCUACUGCACUCAGCUUGUAGAAAAGUCUUUACCCUGUCCUUCCUCUCUUCUUUCUCUCGGGGAUGAACAGCACUGUGACCAGCACACUCUGCUGACUGUUGUCAUUCAUCAUCCCCCUGACUCUCAUCUCAAACUGUAAUGACAAGAAAAGAACUGUAAACGAAUAAUUUAUUGAUAUUGUAUCUGAUUUUGAUGGUUUGGUUUUCUGGUUUUUAAUACUUAACAAAAGAAGUAUGUCUACAUACUGAAAGCAAAUGAACAAUACCAUUGAAUUCGAUGAACCUUACAUUUGCGGAUUUUGCGAAAAUCUCUUGGCCAACUGUGCCUGUUAGAAAACAAUGACACCUUCGGUCUCACACUUAUUUUGUUGAGUUUGGGGAUCUAAUCAAAAUAUGUUGUAAUAUCUGAACCCUCACGUGUCGAUGUCCAUCCCAAAGCAUUGUUUGUCACUUGAAUGUUUAUGUUCCCUCCUACGUCUGUGUUAUUUGGUAGCGGGCUGUUGCCGUUGGUAAAGAGAACUCCCCGCUGCAGGUGAAAACAAUCUGCAUCUCUUACAACACUAUCGAAGAUCUAAUGCGGCUCGGUUUGAGAAGUCUCUGCUCUCUGUGACACAGCCGUUCUGUCAUCUUUAGAAUUCCUGGUCCGUGAGAUUUAACUUAUUUAUUUUGCCCACUCGCUUUAAUUUUUUUUUAUGAUUAUUUUUUCAAAGUGAUUGCUGGUUUACAAUGAAAGGUUGGUUUAAAGACUACUUCCCUCUGUCAUGCAUUCCUUUGUGCGUUGACCCAGUAAGCCUUACACUAAAGGACUUAAAACGGAGUCAAUUCCUCCUGGCUGUAGAAUUACAGCUGGCUUUAAAAACCCUCCACUAAUCCAUCAAUUGGCCCUAAAGGGUGACAGUGGUUGUCCAUUUCCCACCCUCUUUUGCACAUCUGUUGCCGACAGUUAGCUCAUGUAUUAACACCACCCAGUGUUUCAGCUUGCUCUGGAUGGUUGGGACGCCCAUCAGUGUUGUGUCACAUUCAACAGCAGAGAAACCACAUAACGGUUCAGGAACGGAGCGAGACCAAAACUCUUAUCUACAGAGAUACUGGAAUCUCUGGAUCCUUUGCAGUCUAUUCCAUGCCUUUUUUUUUCUUUUCUUUUCUUUUUUAAAAGAAGGAUGUAUGUAAUUAUUUAAAGUGCAUUUAAAUAUUUUUGAGAAGCAUUCCUUCCCUCGCAACUAUGGAUGUCUACUUUUCUUCCCUGAAACUAGGGAAUAUAUAAAUAUAUAUAUAUAUAUAUAUAUACAGUAAAUGAAAAAAAGCAGACUGUAAAGUUUUCAAUGUAAGAUAUAGAAAUGAAAGUGCUAUAUGGUUCUAUACAUAAUAUUGUGAUGUAAUCUUCCAAACAUUUGGUGACCUAAUCAAUAAACCUGAAUUCUGAUCCACUA